AACUGAUUUAUAAUACAUUAUUUUUAUGGCUAAUAUUAAAGAGCAUACUUGAAAAGUUUCCCAUUGGUUAACUAUUUGACAUAUACAUUUGGUUUGUUUUGCUUGUUUUCCAGCUUGGUGCUACAAGCAAUGAAUUGUCAGAUGUGUCAAGUGAAGCACAGGAAGAUCCCAACUCUGAGAGUUUGCCUGGAGAGGYYGGUGGAGCUGAGGUGUCUCCUCAGAGCUCUGCUGUMGUGCUGGAGAGAGUUCCUGAGAACAUGUCGAGAGACUUGCUGUUGUUGCUGGUGGAGACCAUCUCUGGCCUGGAGGAAGACAACUUCUCCCUGGAGGUCAUCAGUGAGACAAACAGAGCUGUUGUGACCUUCAAUAAUCCCAAUGAUGUGGAGCGUUUCCUUACUGAGAGCAAGAGCAACAAGAGUUUCCAGAAGCAGGGUWUGAUUGGCCGGUUGCUAGAGAGGUGCCAGAGUGUGAGAGUGGAGAACCUGACCUCCAACAUACCUGAAGAUAUGCUGGAGCUCUACUUUGAGAAGUGGGCUGGCCCAGCAAAGGACAUCACUGUGUUCCAUGAGGAACAGGCAGCCAUUGUCACCUUCCACGCAGCAGAAGUUGUGGAAACCACUCUAAAUAAACAUCAUGUAAUUGGAAAAGUCCCAGUCAACGUGUAUCCAUACUACGAGUCCUUGGGCACUGCCUUGUAUGGAAAGGAGAGGCCAAUGUGGAAGAUGCCUGACCCUUUCAUAGAGUGUGUGCAUUCUGCUGUAUGGAAAUUCCUCRCCAUGAAGAGACAGUUGUCCCCCAUCACUGACCAGAUGAAGGCUCACUUCUGUCAAGUAGACAUGGAUUCUCCUGAGGUUAAACUCAGUCCUUUGCCAACCCUGCUAAGGCAGAAAGGACUAACAAGCAAACAUGUAGAUGGAUGGAAGCAGAAUGCCUUGAUCGUCUUCCGUGACAUAAUGGCCAAAUUUGCUGUGUUUGAGUGUUUUGRAAGUGCCCCAGCAUGGAAGGCAGUGGAGAAAGAAGUCCGCUCGGUGGUGAAAGAGGAUGCUGUCCUAGCUAUGGAUGRCUCCAAAGGGUCUCUGACAGUUGCAGGUCUGGCCGAAGACACAAAGCGACUCCGGGGGCUGGUGGAAGACCUCAUGCAGAGGGCCAUGAGUCGGAUAGAGAGGCAGAGGGACGGCGUCUCGGAGGAGAUGGACGUGUCCCCUGCCAUGUUCUAUAUCCUGCAGCAGGAAGGACUUCGGAAGCGCGCAGCAGACGAAGCCCCAGAGAUGGGUUUUUCUUACAGAGACGACACCAAGAAGUUGGUUCUCUCAGGUCUUGUUGCAGAGGUGUACAAGGUGAAGAACUGGAUCCUGGAGAGGGAGCUCAAGAUGAAUAAGAAGCAGCUGAAGCUGGACCCUUACCUCCUGGACUUCCUGCGGUCAGUGGACAGUAUGGAGAUGUCKCAGGACCUGUUCACGUCCCGGGGCAUCAACGCUGUGUACAGAGUGGAGGGUGGAGAGGUACUUCUGACUGGCAGCUCAGACAGAGCCUUGGCUGAUGCAGAGCAGAGGUUGAAGACUGCCCUGUCCCUGCAGAGCCUUAAGGUGGAGGAUCAGGAGGUGCUGAGGAAGCCUGAGUGGAAGGAUCUGAACAACAAGCUGAUGGAUGCCUACAACUCCCUAAAGAAAAGAACGGUGGUGAUAAAGCUUCACCCAGAGAACAGAGACAGAAUCAUUGUGUCUGGCUUCCUGGACCCGGUCAGAGAGGUCAGCAACAGUCUGCGGGACUUUGUUGAAAACUACUCACGAGUCGAAGAGGCUGUCCGUGUCAAGUCCUGUGCCGUGGUUAAAUUCAUCCAGGAGAACAAAUCCCAGGACUGGGAACAUUUUGCCAAGCGUGAUGAGGUGAAUGUCCACUUUGACCCCAGAAGGCCCAAAAUUGUCCUUUCUGGAGCCCGUCUCUACGUCAAGAAGGRCAAYGYGWKKUUUCAGAAGAUGGUAGCASCRUUCUGCACUGAUGAGCURACCAUCAUGAAGCCUGGAGCAAGGAAGUACUUCCAAGAGAAGGGAAGKAUGUUUMUUUCRAUGGCGAUGAAGGAGUACGGCUGUGUGGUGCUGCUGCAGGAAGACUACAUGCUGGAGGAAGAAGAGGGCYAUGAUGAAGAUGWGGAGGAAGGGUUUGGCCCGUCAUCCUGCUGUGAGGUGAGGACACCCAAUGGAAUCCUGGUKUCCGUCAGUAAGGCUGACAUCUGCAAGUUCAAAGUGGACGCAGUAGUCAACGCAGCCAAUGAAGACCUGCAGCAUAUUGGAGGCCUGGCUUUAGCACUACUCAAGGCUGCUGGUCCACGGCUGCAGGYGCUCAGUGAUCAACAUGURCGUAAUAACCGCCGACUGCAACCAGGAGACGCCAUUGUGACAGAUGCAGGCAAUCUGCCCUGUAAGUAUGUGYUCCAUGCGGUUGGUCCARGGUUCACAGACUUUGACCAGCGAACAGCCAUACAGCGUCUGAAACAAGCUGUGAAUGAGAGCCUGAGGGAGGCUGCGAAGGUUAACUGCUCAACUGUUGCCAUCCCGGCCGUCAGCUCUGGGAUAUUUGGCUUUCCUCUGGACCUGUGCACUGAGACCAUUGCUGUGGCAGUGCGUGACUACUGUGAGAACCUAAGGGGUCAGACCUCUCUGACUGAGAUUCACCUGGUGGACAACAAUGACAACAUUGUGAGAGCCCUGGCCAGCGCUGUCCAGAAAACGUUCAAUGACCUGCACCCAAAAAUAACCAUGCCUCUGCAGGGUGCACAUAGGGGAAGUGGAAAACGGGGACGGGGACAACAGGGAAGUGGACAACGGGGGAAAGGACAGCAUAGUUACGUACAUCAAGGAACUGGAUAUCAGGGACAGUCACCAUGGGGACAUGGCAGUGGAGGUGGAGAGGAGCAGAGGAGAGAGUAUGGCCAAGAGAGGAAGUUUGAGGGGGUAGGCAGUGGGGAAAUCCUACAGACCAAUCGCACACAAGAGGGUCUGAAGAUCAUUCUGAGGAAGGGAAAUAUCCAGGAGGAAUAUUCUGAGGGCAUCGUCAACACCAUCUCUGAGGAUUUGGACCUGAGUAAAGGUGCUGUGUCCAAUGCUAUCCUAAAGGCAGCCGGUCCUGGGCUCCAAUCAGCAGCCACAGAUGAGGCUCGCGCCAUCAGAUUGGCCUAUGGUGACGUUGUGGUCACCGACGGUUACAACCUGCGAUGUCAGAGGGUGAUCCAUACUGUCUGCCCCCAUUGGGACCAGGGAGCUGGCUCAGCAGAGAAGAUAUGUUUGAUAAAUGCUCCACACUUUUAUAUCUCCUGUUUACAGUGCUUUAUCAGGGAAUUCAAAGGUCAGACACAKGGGUAUACUUGGCAGAGUUCACAAGGUGCCGGCCAAUCACAACAUCCCAAAUCCUAUGUUGACCAAUCACAACAUCCCAAAUCCUAUGUUGGCCAAUCACAGCAGCCCUCUGGCGCAGGCUUCUUUGGACAGGUGUCAUCCCCUUCUCUGGGUGUGUACAGCAUGCAGAUGGGUCACAUGACUUUAGAAGUGUCAUCAGGAGACAUCACCAAAGAUACCAGUGAGGUCAUUGUCAACUCCUCCAAUAAGGACUUUAACCUCAAAUCAGGUGUAUCCAAAUCCAUUUUAGAAGGAGCUGGAUUMAAGGUGGAGUUGGAGUGCUCAGAGAUUGUCAAUUCCCCAAGCUUCCAACCAUGCAGGAUGAUCGUGACAUCAGCAGGAUCUCUCCCAUGCAAACACAUCAUGCACAUUGUGGGACAGAAUGACCCUGAGAUCAUUAAAGAGACUGUGUACAAUGUUCUCAAGAAGUGUGAGGAGCGAAAGUUCACCUCAGUGUCCUUCCCAGCGCUUGGAACAGGCCAGGGUGGGGCGAGUCCCUCUGCUGUUGCGGACGCCAUGAUUGACGCAGUGGUGGACUUUGUGAAGAAGAAAAACGGACAGUUUGUGAGAAGUGUGAAGAUCCUGAUAUUCCAGACUGCCAUGGUGACUGAGUUCCACAAGAGCAUGAAGAGGAGAGUGGGAGAAGGAGUGGAGGAAAAGGGCAUUUUWACCAGGRUAAAAGGUCAGUGA